UCUUCACUUCUUCCUAUUUAAAAAUUAAGGAAGAACGAUUAGCAAAGGCAGUCCUCAAAUUCCUAUCUUUUAUCCUAAAACUCUCGAAGCAAUGCCUGUAAUGGGAAUUGGUGCAGCUAAUUGGUUAAAAGGAAGUAGCACUUUAUUACUUUCUUGCCGCACCAAUUCAAUUCCUGCUAUUACUUCGCGCUUGAGGCCAAAUUUAUUUUCCCCUCACAAAAAUAACAACAUCCUUUUCAGUAAUAGCCACAAAAUCGGUCUUCAUUUUAGCAAUCAUGGCACAAAAUUACACUUCAAUUUGUACUGUACAGCCCCAACAUCAAAUGUAAGUGUACAAGAAAAUGAUGAAGUAGUAGAGGAAGAUGAGGAGGGUAAGAUGAGGAAGAUUAAGGAUGUUGGGAAUAGUUUGGAUAUUAGAGUUGGGAGAAUAAUUAGAGCAUGGAGACAUGAGGAGGCUGAUUCACUUUAUGUUGAAGAGGUUGAUGUUGGUGAGACUGAACCAAGAAUUAUAUGUAGUGGACUGGUGAAGUAUAUGCCUCUUGAGUAUCUUCAGGAAAGGAAUGUGAUUGUCCUUGCAAAUUUAAAGCCAAGGAAUAUGCGUGGUGUCAAGUCAAAUGGAAUGCUGAUGGCAGCAUCUGAUGCAUCUCAUGAGAACGUGGAACUUCUUGCGCCACCUGAGGGCUCAGUACCUGGGGAAAGGAUAUGGUUUGGUUCUGCUGAUGAAAAGGCGAAUCUCCCUGAUGUGGCAACACCAAACCAGGUAGCGAAGAAAAAGAUUUGGGAGCUAGUACAACCACAUCUAAAAACAGAUGGCGCGUGUGUUGCUGCACUAGGAACGCAUUGUAUGCGAUCUUCAAUGGGUGUGGUAGUCAGCCCAUCUCUAAAGGAUGCAAACAUAUCAUAAUUAUAUCCUAAAGUUCAUGCAGCUUUUCAUAACUUCCUGCAGAUUAUUCUAUCCACCAUUCAUUGUCAUAUUCUGUUCUUUAAA